UCGAGAGAGAGGGAGCGGUGUUAACUAGAAGAAACUGCUUCGGAGUAAUCCUGGUCAUUUCAUAACGAACCUGCAAGAAGAAACUGAAAUGGUCUUUCAAGCCAAAAUUUUCCUUCACUUCAUCUUUAUUACUGCGCAUGCAAACUGUUAGACGAAUUGUUUGAGACAUGCAAGAUGGACUCUCUAAAUGAAAGACCAGUUCAGGAGAUCGGAAACGAGACUCCUCAUUUCCCUGAAAUAUCUGCUCAGAAAACACUAAGGAGUAUUGUCUACAACAGUAUACAAAUUGUUAUUUUCUCAAAUAGACUCAACUUGCUUAUGCCUCUGGGGCCUUUGGCAAUUAUUGUGGAGAGACUGACUAAUCAUCACGGUUGGGUCUUCACUCUGAGUUUGUUGGGUAUAAUGCCUUUGGCUGAGCGGCUAGGUUAUGCUACAGAGCAGCUGGCGUUUUACUCUGGAGACACUGCUGGGGGUCUUCUAAAUGCCACUUUUGGAAAUGCAACAGAACUGAUCAUCUCAAUAUAUGCACUGAAAAGAGGAAUGACACGAGUUGUCCAACUCUCUUUGCUGGGGUCAAUUUUGUCUAACUUGUUGUUGGUGCUUGGAUGUGCAUUUUUUUGUGGUGGGAUUGUUUUUAAUAAGAAGGAGCAGGUUUUUAACAAGGGAACUGCUACAGUGAACGCAGGAUUGCUAUUGAUGGCAGUUAUGGGCUUACUUUUUCCUGCUGUUCUUCACUACACACACACUGAGGUCCAUUUUGGGAGCUCAGAGUUGGCCCUUUCAAGAUUCAGCAGCUGCAUCAUGCUUGUGGCUUAUGCUGCAUAUCUAUUUUUCCAGUUAACUAGUCAAAGAAGUCUAUACCUCUCUUUGAAUGAGGAGGAGGGGAAUCAUGGAAACUGCAUAGAAGAUGAUGAAUCUCCUGAUAUCUCUAAAUGGGAAUCAAUAAUCUGGCUUUCAAUUAUGACUGCUUUGAUAUCAAUUCUGUCAGAAUAUUUAGUUGGUGCCAUAGAGGGAGCAUCAACUUCAUGGAAAAUGCCAGUGUCUUUUAUCAGUGUAAUAUUGCUUCCCCUAGUGGGCAAUGCUGCGGAGCAUGCCAGUGCUGUCAUGUUUGCAAUGAAAGAUAAGCUUGAUAUUUCCUUGGGAGUAGCAAUAGGUUCAUCCACACAGAUAUCUAUGUUUGUGAUACCACUUUGCGUGAUUAUUGGGUGGAUAAUGGAGCAUCCUUUGGACCUAAACUUUCAACUUUUCGAGACGGCAUCACUGUUUCUAACUGUUAUUGUUGUAGCCCUCUUGUUGCAGGAAGGAACUUCUAAUUACUUCAAGGGACUUAUGCUUAUUCUAUGCUAUCUGAUAGUGGCAGCUAGUUUCUUUGUACAUGCAGAUCCUUCUUAUUAG